AUGGCCCCAUCUGCAACUGAGCAAGUCUCCCAGGUUGCCGAGCACAUCAAGCAAAAGGUGAGCCCAGGCUCCACGGUUGAUGCGAGUCCAAAUAAAAACGGCUCCAAUGGCCAUGAAGCAUCCGAACCAGCUACCGACGAGCUUCCCAGCGUGUUGACUGGCCACAAAGAGCCUCUCAAACUGAGUGGGGCUCUAGACCAAUUUGAAUCGUUCGAUGUUACCCCGACUAUUGGGAAGGAGUUUGCGAAUGCCGACCUCGCCGAGUGGCUUAGGGCACCCAAUUCAGACGAGUUGUUGCGAGACCUCGCAAUCACCGUAUCCCAACGUGGGGUUGUGUUCUUCCGCAAACAGGACAAUAUAACAAACGACUUGCAGAAGGAACUUGUCCAGCGCCUGGGCGAGCUCUCCGGGAAGCCGGCAACAUCGAAGUUGCACAUUCAUCCAGUGUCCAACAGCAGUCGCGAAGGUGCUGUCCCAGACGACGAGAUCAGCCUCAUUUCGUCCAAACUGCAAAAGAAGAUUUAUGCCAAUCAGUUUUUGCGGUACAACAAAGAUCAAAGCCAGAAGAAGCAAUGGCAUUCUGAUAUCACGUUCGAGCCAGUUCCCAGUGAUUAUGCUUUACUAAGAUUGACGGAGUUGCCAAAGACCGGUGGGGAUACACUAUGGGCAUCUGGGUAUGAGCUCUAUGACCGAAUCUCCAAACCACUGCGUGGAUUCCUCGACAGCUUGACGGCAUUCUAUGCGCAGCCUGGGUUUAAGGAUGCGGCCGACCACAACGGCUUCAAAUUGUACGCAUCAGAGCGAGGCGCCCCUGAGAAUGUCGGCGAGAUCCUCGAAGCCAUCCAUCCUGUUAUUCGGACAAACCCAGUGACGGGGUGGAAGAGCGUUUUCGCUGUCGGCCAUCACGUGCAACGCAUCCAUGGUCUCACGGACGAAGAGUCACGCCACUUCCUUGACUGGUUUGUGCAACUCAUCGUUGAGAAUCAUGAUCUGCAGGUCAGAAACAGGUGGCAGAAUGUGAACGAUUUGGCCAUCUGGGACAACCGCAGUGUAUACCACGCUGCGACUCCGGACUACAUCCAUCUGAAUUUAGGAGAGCGCAGUGGUUCAAGAUCCGUUAGUCUAGGCGAGAAACCAUACUUUGACCCGCAGAGUGUUAGUCGGAGGGAAGCGCUAGCGGCGGAGAUUGCUCAGUCUUGA